AUGACUGCAUUGGUGGUUGACGCACAAGUUUUAAAGGUUGAUUCUAUAAAAUUGCAGUGUGUGGACGAUCUAUUUGGGUACGAGAGUUUCACAUAUUUAAAUUGGGAUGAUUUUGAAGCAAUUUUUACAUUGGAUGAGCUGACUGGUUCUGUCAUCACUGCUUAUAUGAUGUUCUUGUAUGAGCAAAUCAAGAAUGGGCCAAAACUUGAUCAUGGUAUUUGUUUUGUGAGCCCGAGUGCAAUCUCGCCAAGUGAACGUAAAUCAAAACGCAAACAUAUUGCUGAUGCAAGUAGAGUGGUUGCAGAUCGGUUGUCUACAAGAAAGGACAACGACAUCAUCAUAUUGCCCUAUAAUCCCGGAAGACAUUGGGUGUUGGCAGUUUUGGACAUGAAAACAUAUACUUGCUAUUAUCUUGAUUCUAUAAUGAAUAGCACAAUCAAUCCGGUGUUGAGGCAAAUUAUUGAUGCGGCAAUGUCCUUGUAUGCUAUGCAAAGUGUCAACUGGGUUAAGGCUAAGUGUCCAUAUCAGACGGGAGGUACUGAAUGCGGCUAUUAUGUGUUGAAGUUCAUGAAAGAGGUGGUUGAAGAAGGAAUUGAAAUACUUGCCAAUGACAACGUUGGGGAAGGCAAAGUGGUAUACACGGAUAAGGAUAUUGAUGGAAUACGUGAAGGGUGUUCGAGUUAUGGGGCAACAUUUGUUUUUAAGUGA